AUGCCCCAAGACUCUAAGACGAAGAUACGCCCGCAGCAGUCGUGCCUCAGAUGUCGCGAGCGCAAAGUGAAGUGUGAUCGCUCUAUUCCAUGCCACGCCUGCAUAAUCCGCGGCCUCGAAGCGGAAUGCACCUACCUAACAACGGCUGAAGAUCGCGCCCAUAUCAGCCAAUCCGAAAUAAUCAACCAACUACGCCGCGAAGUUGCACAGCUGCGAGGGCGCCUGAACCAAGGUCCACGAGAGCCGGGUCAUAGCCAGAGCAAGCGCCAACGCCAGCGCUCGCUACUGGACCAAGGGACCGGGCCUUUCCCGGGGAAGGACCCGAGUUGGACACAAUAUACACCUGCGCACACGGGCUACAACCACGACAGCCAUGGCCAUGCCAAUGGCUCUGGGUAUGCGACCGGCGCUGGCGCUGGUUCUGCUUCGGCUAGAGGUACCCCGGAUGCCGGUGAAGGUAGCUGGCGCGGGUCGUCGCCAUCCUCGUCAAUCACGACCAUGACGAACUCUGUUACUGUUACGAGUCCUGAUAGUACGGGGAGUGAGAAUGGGGCUGGGUCGAUGUCCGCUUCGUCGCGGUCGGCUUCGGCUUCGGCUUAUCCUAUCGCGACGGGGUAUGCGCCACAAGUUGCGGAGCCAGAUGGGUCGACCGCAAUUGAGCCGCUUGCUUUUGGAAAUACUCUAGAAGAUACGACAAUGUUCGGUUGUUAUACGGGAGGCAUGACCUUCGCUCCGGGGGACAUGUCCGGAACAGUCCCAGUACCGAUGCAGGGUCUCCCGGUGCACGGGUUACACGCGGAGGAUGCGAUGCUAGGGAUGCACCACCCGUCGCUAUACGGAGCCAGUAACCAUGAUUAUAUGCUUGACGGAGGCAAAGCACUGCCAUACCUACAACACACUGGCUAUCCCGAACCCAUACCCACAUCAAGAGUAACACCUCACAGGGAGGAAUAUUCAAUUGAAGAUGACAGACCUCAUGCAUAUCAUCAGUGGGGGCAAGAUGCAUACGGGAAUCCGAAUCCAAGUCAGAACCAAUUCCCGCAUACGCAUAUAUACCAAAACCCGUCUCAUCAUUCAACUAUCAACUCCUUCACCAAUAUCACUGCCACCAACACAAACAUCAACACCUAUACAGAUGCACCCUUUUUUCCACCCACCCCGACACCCGUGGCAAGCGAUACUUCAAGCCAUGCCAGCCCCAGUUCCCAGGACCGUCCUUCACCAACAACCAUCAUGAACUCCAUGCCAAGCUCCUGGAGGGGCGAAGGGAAACAGGAACUGCUGGAGAUCCUGCUGGAAACAAUUGGCAGCUGUGACGAGCAACGUUUACCUCAGGUGAUUCAGGUCUUGCGGACAAGUCCUUCACCCGAGGAAGCUGUUUCAGGGGUAUGUCAGGUUCUCGGGAUUGGGACUGGGUGA